AUGCUCUCUCGCCUACACUCGUGGACGUCGUCCCGGACGUUAGCAAUCCCGGCCCGACUCUUCAGCCAAACCCCCAUAGUCCCCGCAAAACCCCUCCCCCCACGGCUCAAGAUCAACGAUUCCGACAUAUCAAUAUCCUACCUAAAAGGUACCGGGCCUGGCGGACAAAAGAUUAACAAAACCAACUCAGCCGUUCAAAUCAUUCACAAGCCCAGCGGGGUGGUGGUCAAAUGCCAAGCGACGCGCUCGCAGUCGCAGAACGCGAAGAUUGCGCGCUCGCUGCUCGCCGAUAGAGUCGAGGCGCAGGAGAAGGGGGAUAAGAGUCGGGUUGCGAUUAAGGCUGCGGCGGCGAAGAAGAAGAAGGCUAGUAAAAUGAAGAAGACGCGGAGGAAGUAUCGGGAGCUUGGGGAGGGGGCGAAAGAGGGGGAAAUUGAAGAGGAAGAGGAUGAGAUUGAGAUUAUAUGGGACGAUGAUGUAAAGGAGGGAGAAAAUGAGGAGACUGAAUCGGAAACUCGGGGUGAGGCUAAAUCCUCCGAAGGGUCGGGAAAGGGUGUAUAA